GCUAUCGGGUCUCCGCUCCCACUCUGCGGUUCCUGAUCGCUGUCAUCAUGCAGGUGGAAUCUGCGCAGUGUGGCUCAGCGUACAGAUCCCAAACACCAGCCUCACCGAGCUGCAGCUCAGGACUCGGGACUCCGGAGAUCAGACUGCAUUUACAGCUGUAAAGGAAGCAAUCAAGGAGGGGAAAGCAACAAAUUGGAUUUUUUUCUCCGCUUUCACUUGAUGACCAUCAGCAGUUUAGAUACAGAGGCUUCAUUAAUUUAACACAACAUGAUGACAGAGUUAAAAUAACCCACAUAUCGAGGAUUUCUCUCUGUAUCAUACUGCUGGAAUAAGCUCACACUGCUGUGUUGAUACUGUCAAACAGUUUUCCUUCCCUGGCGCAGUCCAACUCAGCAGCAGUCGCAUAGGAUGCCAUACAAGCCUAUAGGAAGUGACUCUCGCAGCUUGACAGGGAACAAUCUCCGAGGAACCCGAAGGACGUAAUCUUUGUCCUGCGGAUCUUAUCGGUGUAAAAACACUCAUGGCGAUGGACGAAGGUACUGUCAGCGAGAGCAUCCCAGACCUCAAAGACAUAGAGGCGAAAAUCGGCCGGAAGACCCCCGAGGGUUUGCUCAGGUGGAUGCGGGAAGAGUCGUCCUCUCUCCGGGCAGACGCCAAGCUGGCCCUCGCGCACGACACCGGUAAAGAGACCGGGAUGAAGAGUUUGGACGAAAAGAUAAGAAAACUGAAGAUGGAGAUGGCUCACUUGCGCUCGGUGGACGUUAAGAUCCUGCAACAGCUGCUGGCGGUGCACGAGGGCAUCGAAGCAGUGAAAUGGCUGUUUGAGGAGCGCAGCACACUGACCAGCCGCUGCAGCAGCCUCACCAGCAGCCAGUACAGCCUGGGGGAGGGACCCGACACCUCUUGGAGAGGCUCCUGGAGCAGCUUACAGGACCCCAAUGACAAGCUAGACAACAUCUCCAUUGGCAGCUACCUGGACACGCUGGCAGACGACAUGGAUGAGUACUGCCCUUCCAGCUCCGAAUCCGUCAUCUGCUCCACCACACCCCUAGUUUCGGAGGCUACUGCUGGGGGCCGCAUGGCAGGAGGCUCCGUGGCCACAGCCACUGCAGCGGUGUCAGGGCCCGUGUUAGGGCUGAAGUCUGGGUCUAGUGCUGUGGGAAGUGAGAAUGGUACUGGGGUUGGAAUUAUUCCAGAAGUGAAAGGUGGACCUGGGAAUGUUGCCAUUGGGAAGGGAACUGGAGGAACUGAAAGUGGGAAGCCAGCAACUCCCAGCAGCUCUCCACAAGCCAAGUCUGAGGGCCUCAAGCAAGGUGCUCCUAUCUGGACCAAGACUGCAGAGACAGAUAAGGGAAGCCCCAUGUUUAAGGUCAGUACUCCAACGCAAGGCCUUAAAGCUAAUGGUGUCCUGGAGAAAUCAACCACACAAAGAGGCAGCCCGACCCGCACCUGUCUCAGUGAGAAACUGGCAACCGGCCAGAGCCCCAAAGUUAAACCUUACAAAAAUGGAAAGAUUGACUUGGACACGUGCAAAAUGAAUGGCAAAAUGCAUCUGGAGUACGACGCCCACUGGCGCUGGGUGCAGUCGCAAGAAGAUGUGACGUUUUUAUAAGAAGUAUAAUCACAGAGAGGGACUAAAGCCACUAUAUACACUCCCUCUGCAACAUCAAAACCCAGAUCACUGAAGAUUAAAAGAAGAGUGCACUGCUGUUGUGAAAGGCACAUAAUGGGGCUUUCACCGGUGAAAGACACUGGGUAUUACCUGUUUCUUCUUUUGUUCCCUCCUGUAACUGCACUAACUUCCUAUAAAACAUUGAUGUCAGUAUUAAGGGAUUUUGGACCAUAUAUAGCCAAACAGGGGUGCCUCACAAAAUCAACUUUAAAAUCCUGUGUCACAGAUUUUCCUCAGGGUCUUUUUAACAAUCCCUGAUAUUAUUUCAGUUUCUUUUCUUUUACGUUAUUUUGUUUUCCUGAAAAAUAAAGCACAGUGAGACGAUCUGCCAGAGAGCUGAAACAUGACUUCAGAUGGUUUGACACGUACUUUAUCGGCAAGUCAAAAUUGAAACUUUGCCUUGACUUUGACUUUUUAAAAAUAAUCUAGGAACAAUAUUGCCACCAAUAUAUUAAUUCUGAACCUUUACAAAAACUAGUUAUUAUUAGUUACUUUGUAUAAUCAAUUUAACAUUUUGUGGAUUCUGUAUGAAAGUAAUUCCCAACUUUUUAUCUUUUAUCCUCUUCAAAUGAAAGAUUAUUCAGUUAUGGUGAUAGUUUCUGGGUAAUAAGGUAAAUGUAGCUAUGCCAGACGACAAAAAAUGUACUCCUGGACUAGUUUGUAGAGGUAUUAGAGCAGAAGAUAUAAUGCAAUAUAUAGACAAAAGUAUCGGGCCAUAGUCUCUUAAUCCUUCAGGUGUUUUUAGUUUCAUUGUUCUAACUCUAUAACAUCAAGCACCUAACCAUGCAGUCUUCCUUUACAAACAUUUGUGAAAGAGUGAGUUGUUCUAAGGAAUUCAAGCAUGGUACUGUAACAGGAUACCACUGUACCACUGUUGCAAUACGUCAGGUUGUAACACGAAAGUGUUUGGGAACCACAGCAACACAGCCUCAAAGUGGUAGACCACAUAAAGUUACCAACUGCUAAAAGUGCACCUGGUAUAAAAGUCACCAAUGCUCAUCUGACUCAGCAGUUGCAGACUUUCAAACCUCCUGUGAUAUUAACAUCAGCACAACAUCUGUGUGCCAGAAGCUUCAUGGCAUCAUUUCAAUGGCUGAGCAGCUCCUGUUGGUGUAAUGUGUGGGUGGGCCGGUACUUUUGCCAAUAUUGUGUGUAUUUCACAAAUCAAAAGCAAAUGUGUGAUGAGAAAUAACCAAAAGCUUUGUGUAUUUAACUCUUUUGUUUCUUCUGAGUUCUUCAAAUUUACCUCAGGGCCCAUUUGAAGGUGCCUGACCCUGAGGUUGGGAAUGACUACCGCACUCCACAAACAACAGCUUUUAUGAACCCCAGUGUACUGCAUAUAAGAUAGUAGUAGAGUCCGUUCUCACUCCCGACGCAUAAUAUACUGAUGAUUUGUCACGUCCCGAGGCGUUUCAUGGAAACGCAAAAGGUGACCUUCCGCGUUUCUAAGCUACGCGCCAGAUUGUGCGAUUUAAACAAAAUAAACAUACAUAUGUAGAGUCAUUCCAGACAGUUCUCAUGUUUUCCAAACUCAUAAUAUAGGGACGUGUUGGGCGGCCGAAAGCAUAAUAUACUGAUGAUUUGUCACCUAGUGUUACGUUUUGGGAGUGAGAACGUGUUGAGCAGUAAUAGUGUAAAAUCAACCUCUCAUUGAAAUCCUAAAUAAAGAUUGCUAUAUUGAUCCUUGUUUAUUGAUAAUAUAUCACUACUCUUCCAGUGGUUAAUGACCGCCUUAUUGUUUCAACAAAAAAAUAGAGAAACAAUAUGAUUUUCUCCCCAACUGUUUAUCCCCAAACACUUUCCUGAUCAGCACUAGAAAAUAUGUCAAACUUGCAAUAGAAAAUGAAGCACUGAGAUAAAAGUUUAACACAUUAAAAAACAAAAAAGUGCCAGUGAUAGCAUUUGUGUCCUUGUGAAGCUAAUCCCUUCAGUGCGUUACCAAACAUGUGCACAAUUGUAUAGUCACUGAGUUGUAGUACAGCUACCAGUGCACUGGUUACUAGUCGUGUCUGGUUAUAGGCAAAUCUUGACUUUGGAUGAAAAUCUUUCUUCUGUUUUGACAAUUAUGCUAACCUGUAUUAGUUUUCUUUAAAGCAAAUGUUGUGCCUGAUUGGUGUAAACCUUCGCUACAUAUGCCUGUUUGUUCCCUGAGAUGACUGCACUGUUGUGAUGAUAAUCUUUUAUUAGUUUUGCCUCUCCGUGGGCUUUGCUUGCGUGUACAAAUAGCUAGACCAAAAGCCUGUGUGCUAUUCAGUAUCGACUGGUAAACGUGUUAUGUUGGCUGGGUGGAUAUUGCUUGCCCUGUGCUGACAUCUUUAUUGGUUGAUUUGUGAGCAGUACGCAGAAGACUGAACACAAUCAGUGAAGAAAAGCAAUAUUUCCUGAAGGCUGUCUGCUGGCUUACAUAAGCAGCCUCUUCUCAGCAACUGAAAUUUAAUAAUACUGUCUGAUCUUCAAUAGAUGACAGUGCUACUGAUGAAGGAAUUGUUCCGUUUUUUUUAUGUGCAUGUGCGAGAGAAAGACACAGCCGGCCUCCCAGGUAUGAAUAAGAAUAGAUGAGUCCCAAAGGAUCGCAGAUUUUUUCAGCUUACCCAUCACAAUGUAACUACAUCACUCACCAGUCUGCAGUUAUUCAUGUUAAUGGUGCAGGGAUGGUGCAACACAUGUGGUAAAUGGAGGGGAACAUAUUACAUAAUCUGUCCAGUUUCUUUCAGUGCCUGGAAGUGUUUGAAACUAUUAAAUAUGAGUGUUGAUAAAAUAUGAGCUUUGAUACUGGUUCCAACACAAAUGGGCCUUUUUCAUACUUUCUGCACAUUUCAGUCAUUUUGGUUCCAUAACAAUCAGUGUUGGUCAAGUUACUUGAAAAAAGUAAUCAGUAACUAA